GGUGGCCCGGGCUGGGCAGGUACUGGAAGUUGUGCCCGGUUUAGAAGAUGUCAUUGCCCGCAGGAGCCCAGCUGGGUCGGCGCGAUGUAGAAAGUGAAGGGGGCGCUCCUGUGGUCCUAGUGUCAGGGUCGAGGCGGGCAGGGGCUUGAGGGUCCGGUCGAGUGCCCCGCGCCGAGCAGGGCCCUCUGGCGUCUUUCCUUCCCCGGGUGGACACUGACCCACCAGGCACCUGCCUGUUCCGUCUGGCCGGCCGGUGGACUGGACUGAACUCCUCCUCCUGCUCCUUCCUUGGUCGGGCCUGUUCCCACCCCCGGCCCCAGGGGACAAAGGCCGAUUUGCGGGCAGGAAGUGCCCCGGUGACAGAUGAACCUCCUGCCAGCCACUGCUCCCCGAGCCCUGCAUUAAUGGGGGACUGCUCCUGAGAGUCAGGCCAAGUGGAGCUUGGGGGACUUCGGGUGCCUGGCCGCCCUCCGGUUGUGCCAGGGAUCGUCUUGGUCAAAGUCUUUUCUGCCCGAGCUGUUUGUGGGUGAACCCAGUCCCCGCUGUCACCAACUCCCUGUCACCAACUCCCGAAACUAACUGUUCCUCCUUGAGGAGACUCCACCUCGUGGCCACGUGGGCGUCAACUUCCGCCAGGAGCUGGAGAAGCUGGGGCUUGGGGAUAGCGUGGACCUGCAUGUGUAUGAGAUUCCAGUUGAGUACAAGACUGUGCAGAGGCUCAUCCCUGCCCUAUGGGAGAAGCAUAGCCCACAGCUGGUGGUGCAUGUGGGUGUGUCGGGCAUGGCGACCACAGUCACAUUGGAGAAGUGUGGGCACAACAAGGGCUACAAAGGACUGGACAACUGCCGCUUUUGCCCUGGCUCCCAGUGCUGCGUGGAAGAUGGUCCUGAAAGCAUUGACUCCAUCAUCGACAUGGAUGCUGUAUGUAAGAGGGUCACUACACUGGGCCUGGAUGUGUCGGUAACCAUCUCACAAGAUGCCGGCAGGUACCUCUGUGACUUCACCUACUACACAUCUCUGUACCAGAGUCACGGCCGCUCAGCCUUUGUCCACGUGCCCCCUCUGGGCAAGCCAUACAAUGCAGACCAACUGGGCAGGGCACUGCGGGCCAUCAUCGAGGAGAUGCUGGGUGUCCUGGAGCAGUCAGAAGACAAAAUCAACUGUCGCCACAAACACUGAGAGCCGCUCAGGCCUCCUAAGACCUCAUCCCACCAGGAACCCUAGGAGGGAACAAACUCUUCAGCUGGGAAUCUGAUUUGGAUCAAAUAUUUCAAUUUACACACCUCCUCUCUUUUUCUCCGCAAAAGUGCUGAUUGAUUUGAAGGAGUCAGCUGAAGAAGUUUUUAAUCUAUUUCCCUUUGCAUCUGGGGACGUGGCUACGAUGGCUGGGAGGCCCACGGGUGUGGAUUUCCUCAGAGAACCCUGGUAGGGUGGACGUCCGUUCUGCGAUCCCACACCUGGGGCCGCCUGUUCACCUGCUUUUCUAGAUCUCUGGUGAAAGGAUUCCAGAGUUCUCUCCAUCCGGUGACUGGUUUUUCCCAAACUUAAAAGCCUCUCAAAGAGUCUUCACCCCGAGCCAUGUCCCAACAGCCUGGACAGCCCCAGAAAGGGCCACCUUGGGAUAUGGCAUGGGUUUUGGGUUUUUUCCUUAUUCUCUUUUCUUAAAACAAUAGUGCUAGUUUGGGCACAGAGUAAUUUAUAUUCCCUUUGGUUAAAACACAGGCUGUAGCCAACAUAAAAGUGUCUUUUCUUUUUCCUGGGGUGCGGCCCCUUCUGCCUCCUGCCUGGAGAGCCAACCCACCUCUUUGUUUGGGGGCCAACAUUGAGGACCCCAUGCUGGGGGGUUGGGACAGGGCCCACGGCCAGACCACAGGGGAGGGGCGUCUGCUGCCCCAGGAGAUUGAUAGGGUUGGCUGAUCCUUUCAACACCUGAGCUGAGCCGUGAGCUCUGGAGCAGGCAGCCAGUGGGAAAGCAGACCUUGUCCUUUUGACAUGCACAUGACUUUUUUUUUAAUAUGUAAAAAUUUGUAGCAGCUGCAAACCCACCCCACAUCUGGCCUGGAUUUUCGCAGCCGUGGUGCUGGGGACUAGUUUCUUGUUCUCCUUGAGUGGGGGCCCCAACACAGGGCCUGGGGGGGCCAGAGUUUGCUGAGCUCCAUGUGUGCUGGCACAUUUAAGCAGGAGGGCAGCAGGCAGCCAGCAGGCUUUUGUGUAGAUGGUUUUUGGAGACACACCCAGACUCAGGAGUAAAUUUUUAUCUCACUCUCUGGCAACUUUGAACUUACCAGCCAGGGACAAGAGUAAAGUCCCCCAGGAAGCAACUAAAUUCUGCUGGACCUUGACACCGUCAGAGCAACAGAGCAACAGCAGUAACCAUGAAGCCAAUUGAGAAAAAUACACAUUUUGGAAGUACUCUUCUGUUUUUUUGGAGAACACGCAAUUAUAUAAUUUCUCUAAGUGUGAAGUAUGCUGGAAUCUGAUGCUGUGUUGGAUCACGUCAGUGUUUCCCGGCAUGCAGUUCUUUUUAAAACAGUUGAGAUUUUUGUUUUGUUCUGUUUUCUUAAACAUUCACCCUCUUUUCCUCCUGCUCUGAUGCCCAGGAUGGUUUCUGCCUCUGCUGAGCUGCCGUGUAGCUUGGGAACCAGGUUGAUAAGUUUGAGUUAAAGGCAUUUUUCUGAAUCCUGGGCUUUUUCUGGAGGGGGAAAGGGGUGCAGGUGGGUGCUUGGCAGUGGGUGUGGACUGUGCCUGGCAGAUUGAAAUGAUUGGGCCUCAGCUCCCCUCUCCAUGCCAGCCCUCCCUCUCAGGAACACCCCCUCCGUGUCCCUAGUCUGAGUUUUCAGUCUCCUGAGAAACCUGAUGGUGGAAUGUCAUUACAUAUGUGGAGGGCUCAAAGCCAGAGGAGUCCCCCAGAAGUCUUAUUCAGAAUGAUAUCAAGCUCCAUCAGGCUCUGUUCUCCAAAGGCCUGAUCUGUGGGGCUCUGAGGAAGAAUUUCAUCUAGGCAAGAUGGGGAGAGGGUAGGGACUGGAGGUGAGCCAGGUCCAAGCUUAGCUGAGCACCUGCUGGAACCCAGACACACCUUCCCCAAACUCCACAUCUUCAUCUUUCUUUUCUCCUCAUUUCGCCUCUCUGUUUCAAGCACCCUGUGAUUUAGCAACUUAGAAAUGUAACUUAUUGUCUGAUCAUUAUUGAGCGUGUAUGUGUCAUUUUUGUGUUCCAGCGUUGGUUUUAGAUUUCCUCAAGUCGAAUCUGAAUCGUGUCUUUGAUCAUGAUGCAGAGCAUUUAGCUCAUUUUUAUUUAAUCAAUCAUCCAUUAAACAUUUCACUCAC